AUGUCGGAAUCAUUCGCGUACGGCGCCUCGGAAGACCCAGACAGGAACGAUUACUUCUCGAAACUCAGAAUCCAAUCCUCGCAACGGAUGCAACGACUGUUGGACCGAUCCGUUCCGUUCGCCUUUCACAGAUGGCUCGCGUGGGUUUUUCUCGCGCUUAUGUAUACGCUGAGAGCGUAUUUCGUCCACGGGUAUUACAUCGUGACGUAUGGGUUAGGGAUUUAUAACCUGAACUUAAUGAUUGGGUUUUUAUCGCCGGCGAGAGACCCAAGUUUGAGCGCGAGUGAAGGACCGACGUUGCCGAGCAGCAAUAACGAAGAGUACCGACCAUUCGUUCGAAAACUACCAGAGUUUAAGUUUUGGGUCAAAUCCGCGAAGAGCUUGCUCGUCUCCUUCUCCAUGACCUUCUUCCCGGUGUUUGACGUGCCAGUGUUUUGGCCGAUAUUGUUGAUGUAUUUUAUCAUGUUGUUCACGAUGACGAUGAAGCAGCAGUUGAGACACAUGAUUAAACAUAAAUACGUGCCGUUUUCGUGGGGGAAGCAAACGUACGGGAAAGGUAGCGGGGGAGGUAAAGAGAUGAGCGGAGGGAGCGAUUAG